AUGUUGUGUCUGAUUGUAGGGAGGACUUGGGAUGUAUUGUUCAGAUGUGUAUUUGGAAUAAUAAUAGACAUGGGGAUCAUAACAUUUUCGAAAAGCUGGAUAAGGCUUUGCUGUAAUAGUAGGUGGUGGGAGACUUUCCCAUUAGCUGUUGUACAACACUGUGACUUCAUGAGUUCUAACCAUAGACCGAUCUCUGCACUACGGGGCAGAGGGGGCGUAGAGAGAGGAAUAAACCUUUUAAAUAUGAACCUUGUUGGCAGAAGAAGUCGGAUUAUGAUAAGGUGGUAUAUGAUAGCUAGGGCUCUGGAUUGGGUGGAAGAGAGACAGUCCGAACCCUUUCAGACUGUUCCAUUGGCUUUCAGAUUUUGUGAGGGUGGGCUGCAGUUAUGGAGUCAUGCAAGAUUUGGGCGGUGGAAGAGAGAGUUGAGGCAGAAGAGGGCACAGUUGGCUAGACUCUAUAGGGAGUCGAGAGAGUUGGAGGGGGAAUAUCCAGAGAUUGGGGGAGGGGAAGAGUGGUUUUGGAGGCAAAGAUUACGAGCUGAUUGGUUAGAGGAAGGGGAUGGAAACAUGAGAGGUUUUCUUAAUAGGGCUUCUGAAAGGCAAAGGAAGAAUGAAAUUUGGAGAAGUAGGGAGACCAGAGUUUGGAAGGAAACUGAGCAGGAAGUGCUUGAGAGAGGAGGUGGUGGUGACAUCGAAGAGUAUGGGGCUACAAAAGCCUCAGGCAAUGACCACUCUCUACCAGCAUCAUUGGGGCUUAUUGGGGAUUCUAUUAUUGAAGAAUACCUGGAAGUGCUGAACAAUGAGGGGUUGGUCAAAGCAUUGGAACACCAAUAUUGUUCUCAUCUCUAA